CAUCAGCCACAAUGAGAAACUCCUGUACAUUUCUGGCAUCCUCUCUCUCAAUUGUCAUUUUUCUCCUGCUAAUUCCUGAAGAUGUCUGUGUAGACAUUAUUGGAGGAAACGAGGUAACUCCUCAUUCAAGACCCUACAUGGCCCUACUUAAAUUUGGGAGAAAAAUCUGUGCUGGUGCUUUGAUUGCAAAAGACUGGGUGUUGACUGCAGCUCACUGUGAUCUAUACAAACAGUCCCAAGUCAUCCUUGGGGCUCACUCAGUAACCAAGAACGAACCAGAAAAACAGAUAAUGAAUGUGACGAAACAGAUUCCAUAUCCAUGCUAUGACCCAGACUCUCAUGAGGGUGAUCUUAAACUUUUAAAGCUGAAUAAAGAAGCAAAAAUUAACAAAAAUGUGGCCAUCCUUCAUCUACCUACAAAGGGAGAUGAUGUGACACCAGGAACCAUGUGUCAAGUUGCAGGAUGGGGGAAGACUCAGAAUCAUUCACAGCACAACUCCAAUACUCUGAGAGAAGUCAAUGUCACCAUCAUAGACAGAAAAAUCUGCAAUGAUCCACAGCACUAUAGUUUUAAUCCUGUGAUUGGACAGAAUAUGAUUUGUGCUGGAAGCCCCCGAGGUGCAAAAGACUCAUGCGAUGGAGAUUCUGGAAGCCCUCUGCUGUGUGACGGUGUUUUCCGAGGCAUCGCUUCCUUUGGCCGUGAAAAGAAAUGUGGAGACCCUCGAAGCCCCGGUGUCUAUAUUUUUCUCUCAAAGAAAUACCGCAACUGGAUAAUUAGGACUAUCAAGGGGGCAGUCUAGAUAAUUGUAUUUCAUUUCAUUUGCUGUCAUUUCUUAAUCUUUUUACAAAUAAGAUCAAUUUGUAUG